ACUACGAUAAGCGAAAGUGAUACGAUUAUUUAGUGAAACGAAGUGAUUUCGUCACAUACAUAAAGGCGUUACACUCUGCAGCAUUGCAGCAGUUAUGGUUUCGAGAAUGUUGUUCACAAUCAAUGCUUACACAUUACUUAUGCUACUCAUAUCCCACACACUGCCUGCGCCAACCGCGCCCUCUGCGCUGCCAUACAACGACGAUGACAUAUUCGACUUGAGCGCCACGCGUCCUGAUCCGCAUCCCAAUCAAUUGCGUCUUUGGCUGACAAUUAGCGCGCGUCAUCGUUACUUGGAGGUAUCUUGGAUGAAUGCGCCUGCGCUACCCGAUGACCACAUAUUGAUCACCUCGCAGGAGCCUCACAAAUUCGAGCGCGUCGAAUGGACCACCGGCACACCGCUGGCCGCAUUCGACAAGGCGGAGGGCAGGGGUUUUGUGCCAAUCGAUGGCAUCACUGAGCGCAGCACAUCCUCGCCGACGCGCUACUUGCUUGAACACGAUGCGAAUGUAAAUGCAAACAACACCUUCGUAAGCGGCUCUGGCUCUUUGGACGGCAUGCCGACUGAAAUGCCGCGCAGCGCUACAACACCCCCACGUCAUUAUUGGAUUUCAAAUAAUGGCGCAAAUGAUAUUGUAGCAGCGCUACAUCCAGGCGCUGCCUCACAAUGGUUCACCACCGGUGUGCCCUUUGAUUAUGAGCUCUCGCGCAAUGUGACCGCGACAACUGGCUGCUAUGGCUAUUGGGCGAGUUAUGUGAAUGACAGCGGUGCGAUAUUGAAGAGCGCUUGCUUGCGCGCCUAUCCGCGUUGGAUGCGCGAAAUGCAUACGGUGGUGGGUGGUAUGCGUAUGCGCGAUCUAUUCAUACCCGGCACACAUGAUUCCGGUUCGUACAGACCCAAUUUUGAUCCACUGCUCCGUGAAACGCUCGUCACCAAAUAUGCAUUGACGCAGGACGACGAUAUUCGCGGUCAAUUGCUGCAUGGAGCGCGCUAUUUGGAUAUACGCGUCGGCUACUAUCGCAACACACCGGAUAAGUUCUAUAUCAAUCAUGGCGUUACGAGGCAGCGGCCUCUGGCGGAAAUUAUCCAGCAGGUGAAGGAAUUUGUCUUGGAAACGAAUGAGAUCGUGAUAUUUGGUUUGAAAGAGUUUCCGGUCGGUUUCGGCAAGGGCCUCGGUGUUCAUCGUCUGCUGGUCAGUUACUUACAACAACAAUUUGGAGACCUUAUUGUACAUCCAUCGGCAUCUUGGCGCGCAACAUUGAAUGAUAUUUGGUCUCGUCAUCAAAAUGUUAUUUUGGCUUACGAUAAGGGUGCAGUGGUAGCCGAAUUUCCACACACACUGUUCGGAUCGGUGGAACAACGCUGGGGCAAUGUGCAAACUUGGACGAAUUUGGAGAGGCAUUUGCGUUCGAUAAACAAAUUUGAUGUGUCUCGCUUAUCAAGUCGCCCUGUUGCGGAUAUGGCUGAGCUUACACCCGACACGUGGGGUGUUAUACUCGAUAAAUACGGUGGCCUGCGAAAAAUGGCCGAUCAAGUCAAUUGGCGUAUUUCACAACUUUAUCGCGACGAGUUGGGCGCAACUGCGAAUAUUGUGGCGGUAGAUUUCGUACGUGGCACCAGUUUGAUGGAGAUCGCAAUCGAAUGGAACAAACGAAAAGUGGUUUAUUUUUAGGGAGGGUAUUACUCUCUCUUUAGUGCUAAUUUAGGUAAAAUUAGUAGAGAUUAUAUUAAAAAAAAAACAACAAAUUCAAACCAAAGCAUUGCACAUAAAUGCACAUAGAAUUAGAAAAUUUAAAUAUUUGAAUAAAUAUUUUUUUACGAACUACGGAAAUACUUCGAGAUGUUCUAGUAUUUACUUAAUCAAAAUGCAUGUUUUCCAGGAAUUAUUAUUAUUAUUUUUUUUUCUUGGCUAUGGUAUUGAGAUGGAGUAGACCACGACUUUCACCCGAUAAAAUAUAUAGUUUGGAGAGGGUUUGGACUUCACUUCUAAAUUUCAAUUGGAUACAAAGGUACUUGGUGGAGUAAUCCGUUAACUGCUCAACCGCAACGAGAUGAGUUCGAAACUGAGGGGACAGUCAAAAUUGUUACAGCAAACUACGUGCCUUGUACCCAGUGUUGCCAGGUUGACGAUUUAGUCGUCAUUUUGAAGAUUUUUUAUUGCCAUAACGAUUUGACGAUUUUUGUGAUCCAAUGACGAUUUUUCUUUAUGUGCAAAUUUGGCUGGUUGGCUGGGUCAACUUUGAAGAUAGUUGCACAGAUAACUAAAAAUUGUAGUGUAAACACUUGUUGAGAGUUUACAAUUUCUGCUAACACUUAAUUGUCGUAUCGAAAUUAUACCAUAUGGCAGCACUAAUAGUAAUUAUUGAUAAGUAGUUUUCUUCUUUAUUUUAUCACUAUUUGUUUAGUUUUGGUGGUCAAAUUCGUAAUUUUUGG